AUGGCCUUCCCCCUCUUCUCCCCGCCGACCAUCCUCCGCCUCGGCCUGGGCCUCGGCAUCGGUCUCUCCGCGGCAACCCUCCACCCCCUCUCUCCCUUCCGCGCCGCGCCAAUGCAAUGCCAAUACAGCGCGCCCUACUACCGCCCCGAGACUCAGGGCAAUUCCGAAACCGGCUGGGCCGUCAAUCCCAAUGACCCUUUGCUGCAAAAGCAGGGCCGAACCGGCAUUGGAGCGCAAGCUCGCACCGGGUUCUUGACACGGGAUAACAUGCGCCAGAUCAGCUUGGGCAGUGUGCUGGGUCUUGUUGCGGGCGUGGGAUUGAGGGCCUUCUCCAAGGCCUUGGUGGUCAUUAUUGGUAUGGGCGUGGUUCUCGUCGAGUGGGCCGCGUCAAAGGGGUACAACAUCCUGCCCCUCGACCGUGUACAGAAAUAUGUCAAGAAUGUGGAUUUGCGGCGGGCUGUGAACGAGCACCGGCCGUUCAAGAUUAGUUUCGGGGCGAUGAUGGCUCUUGCGGCAUUCGCGCAGUUUUAG